GCAUCGCCUGGAAAGCUUCAUGCAUUGCCCCACCUGGGUCGGGCAUUCACAGAUGUGCAAGAGGCAAAGCAGGUGGCAGCUGGAGUCAGUUUCGUGCAGAAGUCGUUGGAGAGUUUCAAUGUCCGCUCUGUCAAGACGACGCUGCUCGUGGACAUGUUCGGAUACGACGCAUUCCCUGCGUUGGCAAGCCUGCAGGAGACACAAGAAGGCCGUGAUUGCCUUUGUGCCACACUAUGCUUUGAGAACAGUGGGCAGGACCUCAUCAACAGAAUUGCCAACCAGGUGUACGAGCAAGCGAGGUCCGGCCAGUUGCAGCUAUCAUCGUUCCCUUCCUUUGAGCCCUUGGUGAACGCUCUGAAGCAAGGCAAUGCCACGCAGGAGUCCAAGCACUACAGAGUCAGUGUUCAACGACACGACCAGCUCUUGGUUUUGGACACUUAUGCCCGCAAGUGGUUGGAUGAUUCCAAUUUCGCUGAUCAGGCCAACGAAGUGAUCAAGAAUCACAACGCCGAAUACAAUGCUUCAGGUGAUUUCCUCAUGACAUCUGUGAGGAGAGCUUUGAAGGAAGAGGCAGGAGAUGAUGCAGCAGAAUCGGUGGAGAGACCUAUCAAGCGGAUCAAGCUGGAAUCAUGCAAGACAGAGGACGAGGCGAGCGAGACAACAGAAGAUCCUGAUGGCCGUUGGUUCUCCUUUGAUAUCUCUGGGUCGGACUACAUCAUCCUCGAGAAGAAGUCCCUACCCACCCACCUUCAGGCCUUUGAGAAUGCUGACACGGCCGUCGCACUGCAAAGCAUCAUCAGUGACCUGCAGGAUCUUGGUGAGGUGAAGAUGGAACUCAGUCACCACGAGCAAGACUCUGAUGGGAACUUCAAAUCAGCAAAGCCGCUGGUUUUCGUGCUUGAUGAACCACCAGAGGAUGGAGUCAAGAAGGAGAAUAAGAAACCGAAGAAAACCGCGCCAAUUACAGCGAAGACGUUCGGUGCCUAUGUCUCCAUUCCCGGUGUGAAGGAUGCAGACAACCUAUGCCUGGCCUGGAGACGCAGGAUUGAUAGCUCAGCUUCGAAUUCCAAGGGGGGCAAAGUCAUAAUGCCCAUUCGUCCCGUGGUUCUUCUGAAGCACCAGCUCGAAGUGAACAAUGAGACGGUUUGCUUGGUUUGA